UCAUUCAUUUCCAGAGUCUAGACCCUCGGACGGGCCGACCACGCCACGUGUCUUUAUUUACUUCGCUCAGCCAUCUUCAAUUCGUUCAAGCUGAUAAGAUGGUGGAUGGAUUCACUCCGACAAUACCUGCUGCGGAUCCAAUGAAUGCAGCCGCUGUAUACGGCCCUGUUUUGCCUGCGAACUAUUCUUCCAGUUUCAAUCCCUACCAGCAGCCACCAUUUCUCCCCCUGGCAGCAGAGGCCAUGCAAGUUCAAGUUGACCCCCAUUCUCCAGAACUUUUCAAGCGGAACAUAACUCUCGUACGAAGACAUGUUUUAAAUCUACAAAAUGAAGCAACAAAUGCAUUAGCUGGCAUCCAAAACGCCUACCAUCCAGGGAGUAGCCCUGCACAAACAGAGUCGAAUAUUUCUGCGUUGAAACGGACACUCGAGGUGCUCUCGGAUGUGAUGCGGCAUACGGGCGUGGGAGCACUCCCUCUUUUGCCAUUUCCGCAGCAGUCGGCUGUACCACAAGUUGCGCCCACUGAGCAGGAGAUGAUGAUUGACGUGUCGAAAUCCGUACAAGUGCUUUACGAGAGGCUCAAACGCAGCCAGGAGAGCGCUGCUGUCGUUGCUAAUCUUCUUGGAACUUCAGAUGCACCUGGACCCCUUCGGGCGGGCCGUAAGUAAAGUGUCGUAUCAUCGCUACAUGCGGCGAUCACGUCCAACAACAAAACGUCGAGACACCAUAUGGACAUUGAAACGCGCAGAUGUCUAUUUACUACAGUAGGUCUAAAUAACGAGAAUCGUCUGUUCUAUUCAUCUCGUUACUUCGCAAACCGAUAAAGCAGCUUGAGAG